AUCGACAUGACAACUUUUGAUUUUUCCGAGGUGGAGGCAUUUUUGGAUUGCCAUCCGGAGCUUUUUGAGGAAUAUCUCGUCCGAAAGGGAAAAUGUGACAGCCUGAGCAGGUGGCUGAAAGAGCAUCAGCCGUCCAAAACCUCUCCGGUGGAGGAGAAACGCGGGGUCGCGAGGGAUCCAUUCUGGCCCACGAACCCUGAUGGACUAAAGCGCAGAUCGUCCCACAUGGAGCUCCGAAAGAACUUCGCCCGGUCCAAAGCGAUGACGGCGCACCGGACCUACGACGAGCACGUCAGUCUCACGGCUCACGAGUCCCAGUCGAGCAUGCGGCGGCGCGCGCUCCUGCGGAAAGCCAGUUCGUUACCGCCGACCACCGCGCACAUCUUGAGCGCGCUGCUCGAGUCCCGGGUGAACGUGCCUCAGUAUGCCUCCAGCGCCAUUGACUACAAAUACAGACUUAAAGAGUCCAAUGAAAGGGAGUUCUUCCUUGAGCUGGUUAAGGACAUUUCGAACGAACUUGACAUGACGAAUCUGAGUUACAAGAUACUUAUCAAUGUGUGCAUUAUGGUGAACGCAGACAGGUGUUCGCUUUUCCUGGUAGAGGGACCGUCUCAUAAGAGGACACUCGUGUCCAAGUUUUUUGAUGUGCACUCGGGUACUACAGUGCGACCCUCAUCCAGCACUCUGGACUCAAAUGAGGUGCAGGUUCCGUGGGGAAAAGGCAUCAUAGGUUAUGUAGCAGAACACGGAGAAACCGUCAACAUACCGAACGCAUACGAGGACCAUCGGUUCAGUGAUGAAAUUGACAAGCUGACAGGCUAUAAGACUCAGUCCAUUCUGUGUAUGGCCAUCCGCAACAGUGACGGUGAAGUCAUCGGCGUAGUGCAGGCCAUCAACAAGAACCCCAGCGGAACUCCGUUUACAGAGGACGAUGAGAAAGUGCUGCAAAUGUAUCUACCAUUCUGCGGAAUAUCGAUCUCCAACGCCAAGCUCUUCUCCGAAUCCCGCAAGGAGUAUGAGAGGAGCAGAGCCCUGCUGGAGGUGGUGAAUGAUCUGUUUGAGGAGCAGACAGACCUGGAGAAGAUUGUGAGGAAGAUCAUGCAGCGUGCGUUGACUUUGCUGCAGUGUGAACGCUGCUCAGUGCUUCUGCUGGAAGACAUCCACUCCCCAGUUGUAAAGUUUUCCCAGACGUUUGAGCUAAUGUCUCCACUGUGUAGUGUUGAUCAUGACAUCAGCAUGGAGAAGGUGUCUUGUUCAGACUGGCUGAUCAAUAACAGCAUUGCUGAGUUGGUAGCAUCAACCGGUCUGCCAGUUAAUAUAAGUGACGUCUGUCAGGAUCCACGUUUUGAUGCUGAGGCAGAUCAGGCUUCUGGUUUUCAUAUCAGAUCAGUUUUAUGCGUCCCCAUCUGGAAUCGGACUCAUCAGAUUAUUGGUGUUGCUCAGAUAUUAAACCGCUUGGACAGGAAGACAUUUAAUGAUGCAGACCAAAGAUUAUUUGAGGCAUUUGUUAUUUUCUGUGGUCUGGGCAUUAACAACACAAUGAUGUAUAACCAGGUGAAGAAGACAUGGGCUAAGCAGUCUGUGGCUCUAGAUAUGCUGUCGUAUCAUGCUACGUGCUCCAAGGCAGAGGUUGAUAGACUGAAGGCUGCUAAGAUUCCCCUAAGCAGUGAGCUCGGGAUCGAUGAGUUCCACUUUAAUGACUUUUCACUGGACAACGACGCCAUGAUCACGGCCUCCCUGCGGAUGUUUUUGGAGCUUGGUGUCGUACAGAAAUUCAAAAUUGAUUAUGAGGUUCUGUGCCGCUGGCUGCUUACUGUGAGGAAGAACUACCGUACUGUAGCAUACCACAACUGGAGGCAUGCUUUUAAUGUCUCACAGUGCAUGUUUAUAAUGAUCACAACUGCUGCGUUCCAGGAGGUGCUGACUGAAACAGAGACACUUGCACUUAUGGUUGGAUGCUUCUGCCAUGAUUUGGACCAUCGUGGCACAAAUAACGCCUUUCAGGCCAAGUCUGGCUCAGCACUAGCACUGCUGUAUGGGACAUCUGCCACACUUGAGCAUCAUCAUUUCAACCACGCUGUCAUGAUCCUGCAGAGUGAGGGACACAACAUUUUUGCGAAUCUGUGCUCCAAGGAAUACAGCAACAUGAUGCAGCUACUAAAACAGGCCAUUCUGUCUACAGAUCUCACUUUGUAUUUCAAAAGAAGAACCAAGUUCUUUGAGUGUGUGCUGUCUGGGCAGUUUAGCUGGAGUAAUGAAGAACACAGAGACAUGUUCAGGUCUAUGCUGAUGACGGCGUGUGACUUGGGUGCAGUGACAAGGCCAUGGGAGAUCUCAAAACAGGUGGCUGAACUGGUGACCAGUGAAUUCUUUGAACAAGGUGACAGGGAGAGAUCAGAGCUGAAGCUGACACCAGCUGCCAUUUUUGAUCGCAAUCGUAAAGAUGAGCUUCCUGUGCUUCAGCUGGAAUGGAUUGAUGGAAUCUGUAAGCCAUUAUACGAGGCUCUUGUGAAGCUGAAUAGAAAGCUUCAGCCAAUGGUAGAUGGAAUUGAUGCCAACCGAAAGAAGUGGGAGGAGCUUUGUCUGUCCUAUCAGCAAACACGGAGAGCCUCUGAAUGCAGCACAGCAGAGACAGACUCCACCCACGAGCCAGAAUCUAGUCAGAGUGAAGCAACCAAUCAGAAUGAAGGCUCCACCCAUGGUGUGGAGCCAAAGCAAACACUAGUAGCCAAUUAUAAAGAAGGGGCGUGUUGUGGCCAUUAAAGGCUGGCUCACUGAGUAAUGAGGAUUUUGACAAGUUUACUAUGUUUAUACAUGGAAAAACACAUUAAGCAAUGCUUUUUUGUUAACAAGGAUUGCUUUGAGAUUGACAGAAUUUCUAUUUAAAUUAAAGGGACAGUCCACUCAAAAAAUAUGUUAAUCAAAUUAAAGGAAUUGUCCACUCAAAAAAUGGCAUGCAUUUCCAAAACUGUAAGACUUUCCCCUUUUUUUCUGUGAAAGAUAAGAUAAAAGGAACAUAAUUUGA